AUGUCUACCACCAACACCCCGUACAACUGGUCCAUCCACGCCAUCCCGGCAGCAUACAUGCUCGCCUUCCCACCCUACCUCUACCAGUUCGCCAAAGGCAUGGCGGCAUCCAACUACACAGCCACCAACAUCGUACCGCGCACCAACCUCGAGAGCCUCAAGACCAAGCUCGACACCCGCACCUGGCAGAAACUAGCUCGCGCCCGAGGUGCGCACCUCAAUGCCCUCGAAGGCUUCCCGCUGUUCGCAGCCGCCAUGAUUGCUGGCAACUAUGCCAGGCUCGACGUGAAGGAGAUGAACUUCCUGGCCGCGGAUUACCUGGCCGCGCGGGUGGUCUAUACCGGGUUGUAUAUGACGGUGAAGAGCGAGGCGGCUAGUUACCUGCGCACCGGAGCGUAUGCGUGGAGUCUGGCGAUCCCGUUGUACGUGCUCUGGAAGGCGGGGAAUAGGUUGGCGGAACAAGUCUGA